AUGGCGACACCAGCAUACGGUAAAUUCACGUCAGGGUCAAAAGUUGCUGCUACUUUUGCCGACCGCAUACAGGGAAAAAACAUACUCGUGACAGGCGGCAGCACAAAAGGUCUGGGUGCCACUACCGCAAGAAUAUUGGCUGCUCAUAAACCUGCUACUCUUAUCGUGACUUACAGAUCAAAGCCCAAGGUAGAAGACGUGCUGGCUGAGUUGGAAUCUAUUUCACCAGAAACCAAAAUCAUCGGCAUUGCCUUGGACUUGAGUGAUCUAGAGUCAGUUUGCGCUGCUGCCGAGAAGCUGAAUCAAUCGAUCAGCCACCUUGACAUUCUUAUUAAUAAUGCCGGUGUCAUGUCCGUCCAGGACCGCGAACUGACCAAAUUUGGCACUGAGAUGCAGUUCGGCGUGAACCAUAUUGGACAUUUCUUGUUCACCAACUUGAUUAUGCCCAGAUUACUGGCAGCCGCAGAGAAGAACCCCCCCGAGGCCACCAGAAUCGUCAAUCUCACUGGAGGUUGGCACAAAUUUGGCCCCGUACGAUUUGACGACAUAAAUUGGGAGGGCAAACCGAUCCCCCCAGAUCAAGAGCCAAACAGGGACGUAAUGGCCAAGUUUGGGGUACGAACGGACAGCGACUAUAUUCCCGAGGCUGCUUAUGCUCAGUCGAAGACGGCCAAUAUCCUGUUUACAGUCUCGCUUAACAAGCGUCUGAACGGUCGAGGCAUUGUUUCUUAUGCCGUUAAUCCAGGAGGAGUCCUGACCGAGAUUGGUCGACAUUUACACUUGGAGAGAGCCAAGGAAAUCAUCGCGUCAGGCCUGCUAGACAAGACUCCAGAUCAAGGAGUAUCGUCGACAAUCGUUGCGGCGCUCGAUCCAGGAGUUAACUUAAGCAAUCCGGUUUAUAUAGACAACUGCCAGCAAGUCCCGCCAGCUACGUAUGCCAGUGAUCCUGAGUUGGCGGAAAAAUUGUGGAAGCUGAGUGAGGACAUUGUCGGACAGAGAUUUUCCUUGUAA